GAGGUUGGGUCGCUUUUUGAACACUCCCCUGCCCGUUACUGUACAUGGUGGAAGGGUUUAUCCCCCAACCUGCCUCCUUCCACCAUCCUUUCUCCACCAAUCCAGCUCCUUCCAGAAACGCGUCACCUUGCCGCUCAACGCGCAACUCCAUCCCACAAAUAAACAACGCGCUCACUCAUUCCACCAAUCCCCCUUGAAGUUCUACUCUCACGCCCGAGUUAGUUUGUGCUGUUAGACCUUGGCUACUGAUCUUGUCCGUGAUUUUUUUCGUCUUCAUUUUUCUCAACAUCGACAAAGAAGCCAGUUCCUUGCGCCCCAUGGCUGAGUACAAGAUCGCCUCUACCACCUCGACUGCAUGGCCAUCCGGGCAGCCAUCCGGGCCGUUCCUCGAUAUGCUACACGUCGUUUCAGCCGUCGAUAUCCGCCACGUGUUCGAUCUCAUGGAUCGCGACGGCGACGGGCGAAUCUCAAUUGUUGAGUUGGCCUCCGUUCUCGCAAGCCUCGGAGAAGCACGACCACAGGAUAUGGCGCGGAGAAUGAUGGCCCAAGCAGACACUGACGGUGACGGAUUCGUCGACUUUAAUGAAUUUCUCGCCGUUAACAAGACUUGUGCGGCCGCUGGCGCUUGCGCAGGCGCCGUUCCUGCAGGCUCACGGGCUAGCAGCAGGAGGAGCGGAAGCACCGGCAGCCGCGGUAGCAGCAUGGAGGAAUUGGAAUUUCCUCGUAACGGUAACGAUGCUGGGGCUGGCGAAAUUUGCCUGGCUUCGGCUGGCGACGCCGACAUGGCUGUCGCGAAUUCGCCCGAAUCCGACUCCACGUCGAUGGACGAACUCCUCGCGGCGUUCCGCUCGUUCGACAAGAACGGCGACGGUUACAUCACUGCUGACGAGCUUCGCGAAAUGCUUUUGCGAAUUGGAGCUGGCGAAGGGGAUGACGACGGAGAUGUGACGUUGGCCGAAUGCGAGCGGAUGAUUCGCGGGGUUGACUCUGACGGGGAUGGCCGAGUGUGCUUCUCGGAGUUUGUGAACAUGAUGAGGUGAUAAUAUCGGUGGGGAAACGACCGUCCAUUGCAACUUUAAACGUGGGCUGACCUUUACAUUAAGGUGAGGAGCCAACCCCUCCCGUUGGCUUCCAAGGCAUCUCUGCCUAAAUCUCGAAUAAGAUCAUGUGAUACGGUAGUUGCUGAACAGCUAUGGCGGCUUGUACAUUGCCGUAGUUGAUGCAUUGACCUUGGCCUUAGAAUGGCCUCUGUUGGAUCGUCGUGCCUUCCUAGUGCUGUGCCUAGUAGCAGCUAUUUCUUGUGGGCUGACUUGUCCAAAUGUUUUUUCCAUUUGUGGGCUGGGCUGCUUUAGUUGGUCGUAUCAUAGGAGAGCUGUCUUUCAACGCGAACAUGUUAGACUUCACAGAUAUACCUUUCUGAAUUAUCUUGUAUUGUUACGAGGACGGCGAAAACGAACAUGACUGAAGAUGAGGUAGGGGUCACUCUGGUUUUAGGGCGUGUCCCAAGCGGAUCUUUGUCUCCGGUUUUAGGGCGUUAGAGCGUGUUCCGACGGACCUCUUCCCAGGUUUCCUCUUCCGACAAUCGGCCCUCGAUGGUGAACGUGUUCCAAUGUCCAUUUUCCCAGCUAACUCGUUUUGGAUUCGUGUUCUUCACCGCAAUGAAUCAGCCCCCGUAAAAAAUCGAACUGUACAUUUUCGUGUACGU